GUGAUUCAAAGCUCGACACCAUACUCGCUCACUAUACCGCAUUACCCAGAGGCUGCAAUAAUCAGCAGUUGACUCGGAGCUCGGUAACAGCCUUGGAAGCGACCAGUGGACUUCCACCAGGCCGGUGAAUUUUCCAUACUCGAGCCACAUUCAGCUCUUCAAAGAUGGUGCGCAUGGUUAUUGAGACGCGCCCGGACCCGCGGCUGUGUGGCUCCGAGGAUUGCGCAUCGCUACCCCUCGCGGCACGCGGGCGCUCAGGAAGGCCCGCUCAGGAAGCCGCGCGGAGACGGGCGCGGAAGUCGCGGUCGACGAGGUCUCCUGCGCAGACGUUUGCAUCGCGGAUAUACUGGCGUGAGGUGACCAAUGCGGAGCUACGCCAGACACGCAACUCUGGGCUACGCGAGGCUGUGGCGCUGGCAGCGCAGGCUGGCUGCCGCAUCCGGGGGCCCCUGGCGGACGCGGGUGAGGGGCGCGCUGAGCCCCAGGCGACCGGUGCGCAAAGCCUAGGCGCAAGCGACUCCGCGGCGCAGUCCGCCUCUGAGAACGGAGGACCCAUCCUUCUCAACGCGCUACUGACGCGUGCGGUGGACGCACACGUUCAGACCAAGCUGGAUGAGCGGAUUGCAGCUGAGUGGGAGGUUGUGCCGGACGUGCCGGAAGUUGAUGAAUACGUCAUGCUUUAACCCCGUGUGCACGCUGCCUUGUGUGCAGCUGUAUUACCUUGUGAGCUUGUUGUAUAAUAUGACGGUGGUUUGAGGUAGUGCAUGCGCAUGUUUUGCAAUCCAGCGUUACCCAGCCGUGAAGUGGCAGAGGUGUAUUCUGUUGGCACGGCAUGCAGCAAAGCACAGCGUCCUAGCAGCGCACAGCACGGAUGCUAUCGUAAACUUCUCGUUGGUGGCCGCUGACGGCCAAGAUUUUGUUCAUUCCCGGAACCUCUUGCCUUGUAUGUCACUGUGAACGUGUAGCCUUAGUUGCGCUGGCGUAUACAGAAGAUAGAGCGGGCGGAAGCACGGUGCUGGGCAGCUGCCCCAGGCAGCGCAUGUAUUGGAAGGAUAUCCGUGAUUCGGAUUCUAACUCAUUCGUUUUGAUGGCACUGUGGGCGCGAGGGGACGCAUGGUCCGGUUGCGUCGUUGGUUGACAACGUGGUGUCACGACCGCUUUGCAGGCUCAGCAGGUGCUGUUUUGCUCGAGGUGGUUGCCUUGACGCAAGGACAGCGAAGUUGGCACAGCCAGCAAUCUCCACCUGACCAGGGCUUGUGGCAUGGGCUGGCCCUCGUUGGUUUGGGCCCAUGUGCAUGCACGAUGUGCUGGGUAUUGUGGCACCUGGUGAUUCCGGGAAGAUUUUUAACAUUCAAAAGCAUAAAAAGAGAUGGUCGCAUGGUGAAGUGGAAGUGGUGAGCGUGUGUGUGCUGAUGAGAGGUUGGUGUGCGUUGUUGUUGUCGUUCAAACCGGGGUGUGCGCGAGGCUACGUGCGCCGGCAAGUGUGUGAGUCCCAGUCAGAGGGGCGGGUUCAAUCGAGUAGACCAGGUUGAGCCAUGUAAGAAGCAAAUCCGUAAAUUUGGUUAUGGUGGAUUGGUGCUGUCAUACUGACAGCCACCAGGCACGCAGUAACCGGCACACGGUGCACAUAUAAAACGUUCUGUAACGCUUACGGUGC